CCGAAUUCAUGGCAAAUCCACCCAACAUUAUUCGGAAGAUGGUCAGCGGGCAACGGAUACGUUUUACCGAGGAUGGCUACAAUCUGGAUCUUUCGUACAUUGGCGACAGAAUCAUUGCCAUGGGCUAUCCGGCGGACAACGUGGAAUCUAUCUAUCGCAACAAGCGGGGGGAUGUCGUCAAGUUCCUCAAGGAGAAGCACCCGGGCUGUUGCAAGGUUUACAACCUCUGCUCGGAGCGUACCUACGAUUCCACCCUCUUUCCGCAUUACGCCGAGUACCCGUUCAAGGACCACAACCCACCAGACAUCGAGUUGAUUAACAAAUUCUGUGAAGAUGUGGACACAUUUCUGCGAAGCGACAGUCGCCACGUCGUGGCGAUCCACUGUAAAGCUGGCAAGGGACGCACGGGUACAAUGAUUUGUUGCUACUUGCUGUACAGCAACGCCUUCCAGACGGCCAACGAAGCACUGACAUACUACGCCGAGAAGCGCACAAAGGACAAAAAAGGGGUGACCAUCCCAUCGCAGCGACGAUACGUCGAGUACUACGAGCAGCUGUUACGCGGCAAGCCAGGACCCUACCAGGACGUCACGCUUUAUAUAUGCGAAAUUCACAUAAGUCCGGCAGACGUUCCGCUCAAGUCCGGUACGAUCAAGGUGAAGGGUAGUAAGGAGGCACAUCCGCUGACGGAGUUCCAGCGGUCAGAGGACCACGUUACAGUGCAGCUAAAUUUCUGUCUCCCGCUAACGGGCGACGUAAAGAUUGAGUUUGCGCGCUCGAAGCUGCAGGACAAACGGUGGCACUUUUGGUUCAACACAUUCUUCGUGGAGCGAGCAGGACACUAUGACUCCCAAAAUCGGUUGGUGCUGUCCCUGACCAAAAAGGAAAUCGACGAUGCCCACAAAGGAAACGCCAAAAAUUGCCCCGAACAGGUGAUUGUUUUUCUAAGGCCAGUACCGAGCAGUGAGCGCAAGAAUGGUGAAAAGCAAUCUCCAGCGAACCGUGAGCUUUCGACAAUACCGACCACCCAACAGGCUCCCUUGGUCGACAGUGGCAAUCAAAACCAUCACCAUCAAUACUACAGCAAUCAGCAGCAGCUACAGCAAAGGCAUCAAUUCGCGCAGAUGGAAUCGAUUACCCAAUCUCAGCAACAGCUACUGGCGCAGCAGCCGCAGCAGCAGCAUCGGAGUAGCGUUAACAAUCGGUCAUCGAUGGGAAGUGGCCAGCUAAGCAGCUGCAUUUACGGAAACAUCGGGCACCCUGACAGUGGUGGACUCCUCUCAAUCGCCAAACCUAUGGGAAUGAAGCAGCAGCAGCAGCAGCACCACCACCAAGCCGUCUACGCCGUUCAGCAGCCUGAUAUGCCACACAAAGCACCGCAGCAGCAGCAGUCGCAGCCGCAGCAACAUAACCAUUCCGGUGGCUCAUCCGAGGAAAUUUCCGGCACCGAUUCCGAAGGAUGGGAGUCCGGUGAGUGUCAAACAGUAGUCUCAGAUUUGUGCAAAUCCCGACCAACAGCGACGUCCACCACAACAACACCAACUGACGAAAACUAUCUGCUCACCGGUAGUCGUUGCCUCAUCGGUAGUGGUAAAGGUAGUGGCCCUCUUCCCCCUGCUGGCGGCACCCCGGCCGACGAGAACUGUCGUGGUAGUAGCAUGCAUAGUUUUAGUAAUAACACCAACAGUCGUACCAACUUUGUUCAGUUCCCGCCCCGAAGCCUCCCCUCGACCGAUCUUCUUCCGGUGAAGUUAACUGGUGGGGACGGCAGCAGCAACAGCGGUGCCGACGGUGACCAUAGCAGCGGGACAGUGUUCCGCCGCGGUCAAUCUUUGCGAAAGUCCAUCCCACCCGGCACCACCGGAGUUGGCGAGCGGAAGAAAAAUGAUCAUCGUGAGUUGAUGCUGUAUGAACCACGAUCAUCAUUUCUUCCCUUUCCCUCUGGCGGUGCGAGUGUGCUGGUGGAAAACUACGAUGAUCAUGAACUGCAGGAAUCUCACAUUUUGCUAUCACCACCCUGCCUUCCAAACUCCUUGCCCAAAGGCUCGUCGCCUUCAAAUGCCACCGUUCUUAUCGGGACUUCCGGUAGAGCUGACGGAGCUGCUGCUAGUGGUGGUAGUAAGCUAACAACAACGUGGUCAUCGCCGGCGUCCUCAUCUCUAUCGCCCUUCCGGCGGUUCGGUAUGGCAAUGAAACGGCGCAAGAAAAAACGCGGCUCGUUGAAGCUCAAACAUGGUGGUGGUGGAGCCGCGGUGGCGGUGACCAUUGGCGCGGGAACUGGCGGCAGCAACCCUCUCUAUGGAUCAUGUGCCAGCAACCUAUCGGCCCUUUCGGGCGGCAAGGGAUCCGAGGGCAGGACCCGCACAAACAGUGGCAGUGCUGGAGGGGUGGCCAACAGCGGCAGCGGCAACGGUGGCAGAACGAGAUUCCGUUUGCUUCGGAACAUGCGUAGCAAUCCGAGCCUGAAGGAAACGUUAGUGAAGAGUGUGAAGGUCCGACCGGUUGAAAUGAAACACGACGAACGACCGGAAGCGGAACCACUUCCGUCCUCUUCCUGUGCUACGCAAAUACCACGCAGUCCCACGACCACCAUUCCGAGCGGUAGUGGAAGUUCUUACGCUCGGAGCACACCCGACCAUGGUGGGCGACGGCCAGCUACCGAAGGUGGCACCAGUAGCAAGGAGAUCGCCAGCAGUACCAGCAACACCAACCAUCCCACCGAUUACUACUCAUUUCUCUGUGAUAAUCAGCUGAGCUACGAGUCACCUAGCAAAAGUCCGGGCCAUUUCCUCGGUGGCGGUGGCGGACUGAUGGGCCGUAGACCGUCCACCAUCGAGGAGGUCUUGCUGAGUGACAGCACAGCGACGACCACGGCCGCCGCCACCGUCGAGUGUAGCGUGGUGGUGAAACCGAGGGCGACGAAUGUAAAAAUAGGAUUCGACGUUGGUCCGCCAGCUCCGUCGUCACCGGUAACUGAAACGGAUGCUGCCGCUGGUUCGCCAACACUCGAAAGUUCUUUCGAGAUCAUCGAUAAGUGUGAUAUUGAUGAUGCUAUGUCGGUAAAGCACGACAAAACUGAACCUCCCACGACAGACCAACCGUUCGGAGGCGAGAAAACUGAAGCUACCAGCUCUUUCGGUGACUGUCGCCAAAUUGACGCGCGAUGUGCUUUCAGUUCAAGCGAAACUCAAGCUCGACGAUCAGUCGAACGCUCGGCUUCAACGCCGUCAUCCGGACGCCCAUCGGUAGUGAACAAUGGUGUCCUGACCGCUGCUACAGCAAACGGCCCCGAGGAUAGCAACAGUCCGAUUCUUGCCCGUAGCAACCGCUGCGCUCCGUUCUCGUUUCGCGAGAUACGACAGGAGCUGCGAGCGGCUAUGAAGUUGCCACCAAAACGGACCCAAUCUGCGGCGCUCGCGCCAACGGUCACCGCCGACAGCAGUUCCGUUCUCUCGAUCGAACGCACACUGAGUGCCCCUGUAGAAGUACAAAGUCUCCGCUCGGUUACUACUACCACCACCACUGGCAGCACCCCAAACAGUAGUACCUUCGCCGAGGGCAGCGUUGCUACUUUAGCUAAUCGCCCACUGAACCGAUCGCUCUCCGAACGCCAACUGGGUAAAGAUCGAACGGAUCGUUUGUCGAAAAAGUGUUAGAAGUCGUUUACAACGCAUAAGCUCACAUACACACCCAUACACAUUAAACACAAAGUAGUGGUCUAAGGAUGCGCCGUACAGCUUCUUCAUGUACCUAUUAUGCGUGUAUCCCCAAGAGAUAAGUAGUGCAAAAUGCAAAGUAGAACUAUUCGAUGGCACAACUAAAAUAUACUCCGUUAAACAUCUGUCUAUUAGAUUCACUUUCCUGUUUCUCGGAAAACGUGGUCAGCAAUAACCGUGAUCGGAGGUGUUUCUUUCCAAUGUCGAUGAAGUCGAGUGAUAGGUUCGUUUUUGAUUGAAGGUUCGGAACAUGGAACCAUAAUUCGCUUCGUUUUGGGACGGGGAAAUCAAUAACUCACCGACAGCGACGCGAAUCAUCAUUCCUUUUCAUGAAGGUGUGUUAGACCAUAAAGACACUUGAGACAGACUUGAGACACUGUUUACUUUCAACGUUAGCUUGGGUUUUGGUGUAUUUCCCAAACGAGACUUUGAAUGUUAAGCUUUAUUCGUCUCUUUAACGUUACAAAUCAACUGCUUCAAUGGAAUCCUUAAAUGCUUAACUCUUUUCACGAUAAACUGAUCGGUAGAUCGGUUUUGCAGAACACUGAACAAACGUAGAAGGCCAAUCAAUCAGUCUAUUGGCAGCUAUUGCCAGGUGAUCCAGUUAGUUAGUGAGUUCACGAUUGUGUAGCUGUGUAUGUGUGUAUAUGUGGCUGUACGAUUGUUUCAGAACAGGAUGAAAGUAUCGAAAAUUAAAAGAAAACGGAAAACAAUCACUGCGAGCAAACCUAGUGCUGGACUGUGCCACGGACUGUGCGUGCAACGUACGAGAUGCGAGAUGUGUAUUUGAAGUGUGUCCUGCAGCAGCAGAAUGAUGUGACAAAAGGUACCUCAGAGAUCAACCUGUAGGGAGAUUAAUUACUGAUCGUCGCUUGCUGUGUGUAUGGUAGUAGCUGUAACAAGGCAAAAAUCAUUGUGCUUACGAAGGCAUAGGAUAGGAACACGGCAAAGAAAGAGAGCGUAUCAGAUUCAGUAGCAUAUGCAAACGACCGUGCUCUGCAGGAGAUACACACAGCCUACUAGAAAAGGAGCACGCGGGAAGCGUCAUUGCGCUCUUGUGUGUUGAUCGAUCGAAUCUGAAUGACAAAAUUCAUGUGAGCCUUUUUGUUAUGUAUUGUACUAUUUUGUGUUUAUUUCAUUCGUUGUACUUUUAUUUUUAAACUAAGCGUUUCCUUCCUUCCUUCCUACUGUCCACAAUGUUAUCUUUUAGCGUAUUUUGAAUCUGUAGGACGACGAACCAAUUGAGAGCAGCAUUAAAGGGAACGGAAGAGAAUGUUAAUGGAAAAAAGCUAAACAAAACAUCUGAAUGGUUAUCGAUGGAAGAAAGCGACAAAGAAAAUCA